UAUGAUGUCUACGGAGACCUAUUAGGGCUUCUAGGAGCCCAUCCCGUGACUCCAUUGUUAUCACUUCACCACAUUGACGUGGUGGAACCAUUAUUCCCACGCACCACAAGAGUAAAAGCCCUGCAACGCCUAUUCCAAUCCGUCAAGCACGACUCAGCCAGCAUAAUGCAGCAAUCCAUCUGCUAUGACAAGCGCCGGUCCUGGUCCAUCUCCGUUUCGUGGGGCUACGCGGUUCAAAUCCUAAGGGGAGUGCUUUCUCCAAGAGAGCUAGAGACGCCCACAAGAACUUUCCUCAAUUGGUACCCCAGAGCCGACUACACUGCUUAUGCCUUCAACACUAGGCCUGUCACCAAGCAUCCUUGUCAGAAACCCUUUGUUUUCUACAUGAACAACGUUCGAUAUGAUCGAUCGAAGAGACAAGUAGUCGGGGUUUAUGCUCGGGACAGAUCUCGUCACCCUUACUGCCGGUGGAAGAUGGAAUCGCCGGACAAGAUUGAUUCCAUUGUGGUUUUGAAAAGGCCUGACCCUCUUCGUUGGCAAAAG